AUGCCCCGCACCCCCGAAGCCCAAGCAUUCUUCUACGCGGUCUACGCCGCCGUCCAAGAAAUCCCCGAAGGCAAAGUCACCACCUACGGACACAUCGCGAAACUGAUAGGCACCCCCCAGCGACCCAGACAAGUAGGCACAGCCCUCAAGCACCUCCCCGCCGACACCUCCCUCCGGUACCAUCACGACAAUGUCCCCUGGCAGAGGAGUGUGGAACUGACGAGUCAAAGAUCACAGCCAGAUGGGGCUCGCAACCAAGCCGCAAGUUUGCAGGCUGAAGGCGUGGUCGUCGCAACAGGGGCACUUGGUGAACUGAUGGUAGACUUUGCAGAGUAUGGCUGGUUCCCACGACUGUUGCCCUCUGACGAGGCGGCGGGCGUGGUUCCAGAAAACAGUGAUGGCGACGGAGAGUCCAGUGAAGAAUAG